AUGUGCUCGAAAGCCGUCCUCUCGUUAUUAUUGCUUACCGUCACGUCGGUCCAGGCUAUCUGGCCGAUUCCGGAGUCCAUCAGCACGGGCAACUCCACGCUUUGGAUAGGAGACGUUCUGUUAGUUACUUACAAUGGAGAUAAAAAUAUCCUGGAUAACAGUUUUGUCCCGUGGAAGCUAUACCCGCGAAUGGCGCUCGAGCAGACGGAACCAAGUAUCUGGCAGCACAAGACUUACAUAACUUGGCUCGAGAUUGUUCAGACUGGAAAAGACACGGCAAAGACGUUUAAGCCUCUCGCAGGUGAGGUUGACGAGUCGUACAACCUGACUCUCAACGCCAACGGCAAGGCUAGAAUCACAGCCGUCUCCUCUACGGGUGUUCUUCGAGCUCUAGAGACUUUCUCGCAGCUAUUUUUCAAGCAUUCCAAUGGCCCUAUUUACACCAAGCUAGCCCCGGUCAAGAUUAGCGACGCGCCUCAAUAUGACCACCGAGGUGUCCUUCUAGAUGUUUCCAGAAGCUACCUUCCCCUCGAGACCAUCUACCGAACUAUCGAUGCCUUAUCGUGGAACAAGUUGAACCGAAUCCAUAUCCACGCCACGGACUCGCAGUCCUGGCCGCUUGAGAUCCCCUCACUCCCGGAACUCCACCAGAAAGGCGCAUAUGCUCGCGGAAAGACAUACUCGCCUAUCGACGUGACAGCUAUCCAGACAUACGCGAUCCAGCGCGGUGUACAAGCUAUUAUCGAAGUCGACACUCCCGGACACUUCGGUAUAGCGGCACUGUCAUAUCCGGAAUUGAUUACGGGCUGGGGCGCGUCUCCGUGGUCGGCUUAUUGUGCUGAGCCUCCUUGUGGUCAACUUAAAUUGAACGAGUCCAAGGUGGACCCCUUCCUCGACACUCUAAUGGAUGAUCUCCUACCGAGACUCGCGCCGUACUCGGCUUACUUCCAUACGGGUGGCGACGAGGUCAACUUCAACGAGUACAGCCUCGACCCUACGGUCGGUACGAACGACUCGUCGGUGAUCGUGCCGCUCCUGCAAAAGUUCAUCGACAAGCACCACGCGCGAGUACGCAAGGCCGGCUUGGUACCUAUGGUUUGGGAAGAGAUCCCCGCGAGCUACAACGUUACUAUCGGGGACGACGUUGUGGUGCAGUCUUGGCUCGGAGACGAAGCUAUUAAGAGCCUCACGGCUAAGGGCCACAAGGUCAUUUCUAGCAACUACAACUACUGGUAUCUCGACUGCGGCCGCGGCGCAUGGCUCAACUUUGCCGAGGGCGAGUCGUUCGAGGAGAACUGGCCAUUCAACGACUGGUGCGGGCCGGCCAAGGGUUGGCGCCUGGCCUACUCGUACGACCCGCGCGCGGGCCUAACCGACGAGGAGGCCAAACUAGUUAUCGGCGGCGAAGUCGCCAGCUGGGCAGAAUCUAUCGACGAGGUUAAUAUCGACAGCAUCCUAUGGCCGCGCGCUAGUGCCGCAGGCGAAGUGCUCUGGUCGGGCCGCCUUGACGCCGCGGGCAAUAACCGAACGCAGCUCGACGCGGCGCCGCGUCUAGCUGAGUUCCGCGAGCGCAUAUUGGCGCGUGGGGUUAGGGCCGAUCCGGUCCAUAUGGUGUUCUGCACGCAGGGUAUGGAUGCCAAUACGUACCUAGCCCAAGCCUUCGUUCAUUUCGUUUUACUUGUCAUUAUGGGGUUGAUCGAAACGGCGCUGGACCAUGUGUCCUUCAAAUCCGCCUUCAUAGUCCUCGGCGCCGUCUAUGUCUUGUGGACUAUAUAUAUUAAAAUCGACGAAACGGUUCGACUACGACGGCUCGGCGUCCAGGGUCCACGGAUCAAAAGUAAUGCACCCUUCGGUAUAGAUAUUGUCAAGAGACAGAUCAUCGGUUCCAUCACCCACACAAGCUAUGAGGUAUUCCUCCAGUUUGUGGCCGAUAAACCCUACUAUACCGCCCAGUCCGUCCUUCUCGGAAACCGUGUAGUUACGACUGCCGAUCCCGAGAACAUUAAGGCGGUCCUCGCUACCCAGUUCGCGGAUUUCGGUAAGGGUGAGCAGUUCCACAAGGAGUGGAGCGAGUUCCUCGGCGACAGCAUCUUUGCUACCGACGGCCACCAGUGGCAUGCCAGCAGACACCUCCUCCGCCCUCAGUUCUCAAGGGAACGUAUCAGUGACUUAAACUGCUUCGAGUCUCAUCUUGAAACCUUGUUCAAAGCCAUAGCGAAUGGCGGUGUUCUGGAUGGCGAGGAGCAAAAAGUCGAUAUCGAGGCCGGUAACGGUAAACCAUUCGAUAUUUGCGAUCUCCUAUACAGAUAUACCCUCGAUGUUGCUACCGACUUUCUGCUAGGACUGGACGUACAGUCCCUCACCAAACCACGCGAGCCUUUCGCCGACGCCUUCAACGAGGUACAGAGAGUCCAGAAUAUCCGCGCGCGUGCUGGCACGCUCGAUCCGUUCGUGCCUAAGAAGACCUUCCGUCAAGGCCUUAAAGUAGUCAACGAGCUCUGCAAUAUCUACAUCGACCGCGCACUGCGCCUCAGCCCCGAAGAACUAGCGUCCAAGACCAAGUCCGAUCAGGAUUACACCUUCCUGCACGAACUUGCCUCUUUUACCCGCGACAGGAAAGUCCUCCGUGAUCAACUCGUCGCUGUACUUCUCGCCGGCCGCGACACUACCGCCUCCACACUAUCAUUCACCUUCUACGAGCUCGGCCGCCACCCCGAAGUCGUACGCAAAAUCCGGCAGGAGAUCAUCGAGCAAGUUGGCCUAGACCGCACGCCUACGUACGCCGACCUGAAGAGCAUGAAGUACCUGCAGAACGUGAUCAACGAGACGCUCCGCCUAUACCCCGCGGUGCCGUACAACGUACGCACCGCGCUCAAAGACACGACGCUCCCGCGCGGCGGCGGUCCAGACGGCUCCCUGCCGCUGGCGGUGCUAAAGGGCACGGCGAUCGGAUACUCGACGCUAGUGAUGCAGCGCCGACCCGACCUGUACCCGGCCGGAUCGAACCCGGAUGUGUUUUGUCCAGAAAGAUGGUUCUCAUGGCAGCCCAAGCCGUGGUGCUACAUCCCGUUCAACGGGGGCCCGCGCAUCUGCAUCGGCCAGCAGUUCGCGCUGACGGAGAUGGCGUACGUGCUCACGCGCGUGUUCCAGCGGUUUGAGCGCGUGGAGAGUUUUAUGCACGAGGUUGAUGGGGGCAAGCCGAAGCUUAAGUCCGAGGUUGUGAUUAAACCGGGCGAUGGCGUUAGGGUUGCGCUGUGGGAGGCGAAGAAGGUGUGA